AUGCUAUUAACGCUGUUACUCCAACCCAAUCUCUCCCAUUUCAAAUGGAACCAAUUGCCUUCUCCUCUUCCACGUCGCACAAAGCUCAGUAACUUCGUUCUAAUGCCGGACUCAAAACGCCGCGUUUCCACCGUCCAAUGUUUCUCCUCGCGCAACCCUCAAAACACCCUCAGUUCACAAUCGGCGUGGGAGGUUCUGGCGAGUACAGUGUCGAACACGUUGGAGGCGCUCAAGAAACCGGCCGUAGCCGUGCUCUUGGCGGGGCUGCUAUUAAUGUACGAUCCAAAUUCUGCAUUCGGGGCAUCUGGAGGAAGAAUGGGUGGAAGGUCGUUUUCUUCUUCAUCUUCUUCGUCGAGGAGUUAUUCGGUGCCGAGAACUUCAGGGUCUGGGUUCUCCUAUUCGGCUCCGUAUUAUGCGCCUUCUCCGUUCGGUGGGGUUUAUGUGGGGCCCGCCGUAGGGGUGGGAGUGGGUGCGGGCUCGAGUUUCUUUUUCAUCCUGGUGGGGUUUUUGGCCUUUGUUUUGGUUUCUGGCUUUCUUUCGGAUCGCUCCGAGGGUAGUGUGCUUACUGGGGCCGACAAAACCACCGUGCUAAAGCUUCAGGUUGGAUUGUUGGGUAUGGGUCGCACACUUCAAAGGGAUCUGAAUAGGAUUGCAGAAGUUGCUGAUACAUCAACCUCAGAAGGGCUGCAUUAUGUAUUGACAGAGACAACGCUGGCUUUGCUUCGGCACCCAGAUUACUGUAUCUCAGCGUAUUCAUCUGUGGACAUAAAGCGUGGUAUUGAAGAUGGGGAGAAACGUUUUAAUCAACUUUCGAUUGAAGAGAGGGGAAAGUUUGAUGAAGAGACACUGGUCAAUGUUAAUAACAUAAAGAGACAAAGCACAAGAAGCCAGAGAGCGAAUGGGUUCAGCAAUGAAUACAUAGUGAUAACAAUCUUGGCAGCUGCCGAAGGAGAACACAAACUCCCUAGCAUCAAUGGAAGUGGAAACUUGAAGGACGCUUUACAGAAACUUGGAUCCAUCCCAUCAAACAAAUUAUUGGCAGUUGAGGUGUUAUGGACACCCCAGAAUGAGAACGAUACUCUCUCAGAACGGGAGUUACUUGAAGAUUACCCACUUUUGCGGCCUCUGUAG